CCUCAGCUGAUGCUACUUCGCCAUGUGAUAUAAAACCUAAAGACAACACUAUCUUUGAUAUGUUCAACCUCUAGCUCUUGUUAAGUAUUAGAAUCGACGUCUUUUUAGCUCGCCUAGAUAAGAUAUUCUCAAUCGGAGAUAAAAGUGAAAACUCACAGCACAGAAUCCCGCAAAUGGCCGAGCUCGUAGCGGCAGAGGAACCAUCGAUGGACCUCCCCGUCAUCGACCUAGAUAUUUACCUCAACAACCCUCUCUCUAGCACUGCUGUCCAAGAGGAAAGUCGACGUGCUGCCUAUGCGUUAAUCACGUACGGGGCGCUGGUACUUCACGACUCGCGGGUGUCGGAGUCGGAUAACGAGGUGUUCCUUGACUUGCUCGAAGACUAUUUUGCGCAGCCGGAUGAGACGCUGAAGCAUGAUGAGCGACCCGAACUCGGCUACCAGGUUGGUGUCACCUUGGAAAACACGGAGAAACCGAAGUGCGCGGUUGAUGAACCGUGCCUACGUGUCAUCGAGCGGUUGGCGUCUACCGAAAGACCCCUUGAUAUCGGUGGUCACCAGCCAGAUCCCAAGUGCCGCUUCUUCUGGAAGAUGGGCGAGCCGACACCAUAUGCCACACAAUUUCCGGGGUUGAAUGCAGAGAAUGUGAUACCAGAAACCUCGAACAUCAGGGAAAGGUGGACGCCGAUCAUGGAGACAUGGGGAAAGAGCAUGAAGAGCGCUGUCUCAGGACUUGCAGAAAUGGCUUCAGUCGGUAUGGGACUUCCUGCCUCAACCUUCACCGAUGCUGGGCGAUACGGCCCCCACCUCCUCGCCCCAACGGCCUCCGACCUCGAAAAAUAUGGUGCCAAAGACACCAUCCUCGCGGGCUUCCACACGGACCUCAACUUCCUCACCAUCCAUGGGCGCUCGCGAUACCCAGGCCUGCACAUCUGGGCGCGCAACACAGGCCGCCGCAUCGCCGUCAGCAUCCCACGGCCCACACCAGGGCAAGCCGGGAGCUACCUACUCGUGCAAGCCGGCAAGCAGUUCGAGCACCUAACAGGCGGGCUCGUCAAGGCCGGGUACCACGAAGUCGUGGUCAACGACGCGACGCUCGAGACCGUCGCCGCGCGCCGCGACAAUUUUCCCGACAGGCCGUUAGUACGCAUCAGCAGUACUUUCUUCUGGCAUCUUAGCAGCGAUUACGACCUCGCGCCUAUCCCCGCGCUAGCAGUUCAGGCGAAGGCCGUGCGUGCAAAGAAUUUCGAUUUGGGGAGGGACGAGGGCGAGGAGGUCGAGUAUGAGGCUAUGAAGGUUGGGCAGCAGGUGCAGAAUGAGUUAAAACAUAUCGCACUGCUGGCGUGAGAUUAUACAGAUAUAAGGCCGUGAGGAAGGAGGCUAGGUAAAUUUGGUGUGAAAUGGGUUUCUUGACAGUGAAUGCCCAAGUACAUACUUACUUUAGGCUAGGUACCUACCUAGGUAGGCGAUAAAUACUCUGUGCCUAGGUGCUUAAUAGAUCGCAUUGCCUGGUCCAAAAAGACAAAUAAAACACAUGUUUUGAUAGAGAUCUAUAGUUGGUAUCGUUGAUGAUGUUCUUUUUAAUAAGAUGUCGUUGAGCCUAACUCUACCAAACCGCUAUACAACAUGUCGUACAAUAGGUAUAUUUAAU